AUGUCAUUUUGCAAACCGGACUUCGGGUCUUUACCUCUUCGCAAGGAUGGUCCACCUGGAAAUGCGUGGGGGCUAUUUGGAGAGCACGACGAGCUCGGCAUGCUCAAUCUGCUCACCCCGGAAACUACCAAGGCUGCGGCAAAGGAGAUUGUGGAAGGAGUGCGAGUCUCUACAGAUUGGCCCCUGGCCAGCAUGGCCGUGCCGUGCUUCGGACGUCGGGCGUUUGAGCAUACACUCGUGAACAAAGCUCCCCGACCGGUCAAUGAUGAUAUGGUGACCUUCAAUACUCAAAGCAGUUCGCAGUGGGAUGGGUUCCGUCAUUUUGGGUAUAGCGAUGGUUCUGGAUUCUUCAAUGGCUGCACACAGGCAGAGAUUGAAAACUCGACGCGAAAUGGAGUACACGUUUGGGUCGACAACGGUGGUAUUGUCGGACGCGGCGUGCUCCUCGACUACAGAGGCUGGGCAGAGGCACAUGGCCACGAUGUACACUUUUUUCAAACUCAGUCGAUUCCCGCUUCUGUUCUUCAAGAAGUGGCUCGUAGUCAAGGGAUCACCUUCCGGCCAGGCGACAUUCUCUUCAUUCGGACUGGGUGGACGCAGGCUUACGGGAAACUUUCGCCAGGAGAAUGUCAACAGCUGGCAGACCACAAAAUGCCGCCCGUGAUCGGCGUCGAGUCCUCGAAAGAGACACUGCAGUGGAUCUGGGAAAAUCACUUCGCCGCCGUCGCGGGCGACAUGCCCAGCUUUGAAGCUUGGCCGCCCCAGAGCUCUGCUUUCUUUUUACAUGAAUGGUUGCUGGCAGGCUGGGGGAUGCCCAUUGGAGAACUUUUUGAUCUUGAACGACUGAGUCAAGAAUGUCACCGACGACAGCGUUGGACUUUUUUCUUCAGCAGCGUGCCCUUGAAGGUGCCUGGUGGCGUGGCCAGUCCCCCGAAUGGUGUGGCCAUCUUCUGA